AUGAAGCUUGAUGCGAUGAUUGAAGACAUCAAAACAAACAAAGUGUUUGGCGAGAUAUGUGGAGUUAUCUACACGAUUGAAUUUCAAAAAAGAGGACUCCCUCACACGCAUAUCUUGCUAUUUGCUAAAAGAAUGAAUAGGGCAAAUUCUGCGAACGAGAUUGAUGCCCUGAUCUCAGCUGAAAUACCAGACCCAGAUGCUGAUGCUGAAUACCAUGACGCAGUUAGCGAAUUCAUGUUGCAUGGACCCUGCGGAAAAGUCCGGAAGAAUUCGCCGCGCAUGGUAAAUGGUAAAUGUUCAAAGUAUUUCCCAAAAAAACAUGUUGCUCAUACAAAUUUGGAUAAAGAUGGUUACCCGAUCUAUAGAAGGUGUGACAAUGGGCGUACAAUCAGAAAGAAUGGAAUCGAACUUGAUAACCGUUACGUCGUCGCGCAUAAUAAACAUCUGCUCCUAAAAUAUCGCGCACAUAUUAAUGUUGAAUGGUGCAACCAGUCCAGGUCUAUUAAAUAUUUAUUCAAAUAUGUGAACAAAGGAAAUGAUAGGGUGACGGCAGGAUUCAUGAGUAGUUCAGCAAAUACUGUCAAUGGUGAUGUGGUCGAUGAGAUUAAGAUGUACUACGAUUGUCGGUAUAUAUCAGCAUGUGAAGCCACGUGGAGACUAUUUGGAUAUUUGAUACAUUAUCGAACCCCACCUGUGGAGAGGUUAAAUUUUCACUUAGAGCACCAGCAGAAUGUUAUAUAUGCUGAAGAUCAGCCCUUGAAUGAGAUUGUGGAGAACCAAACGGCUAAGCAGAGUCAGUUCAAAGCUUGGUUUGAGGCGAACAAAAAAUAUGAAGAGGCCCGGUCACUCACUUAUGCGGAGUUCCCCAGUAAAUUUGUUUGGAAACAAGAUCUGCGUGAAUGGCAUCCAAGGAAAAAAGGCUACUCCAUAGGACGAUUGUUCUAUGUUCCGCCAGGGUGUGGAGAAUUAUAUUAUCUUAGAUGUCUUUUAAAUUUGGUACGUGGACCUUUUAGCCAUAAGGAUAUUCGCACUGUUGCAGGGGUCAUUCAUAAUUCGUUUAGAGAUGCGUGUUAUGAAUAUGGAUUAUUAGAUGAUGACAAGGAGUACAUUGACGGCAUUACUGAUUCGAGUUACUGGGCAUCCGCGUAUGCUUUGCGAAGGUUAUUUGCUACGCUUCUCACUUCAAAUUCACUCAGUAAGCCAGAAGUAGUUUGGAAUGCCGUUUGGGAAUUUCUUGCCGAGGAUGCACAGGUUCAGCGACGUCGUGUCAUGCAGAAUCCAGAGUUGAUGUUAUCGGAUUCGGAUAAGAAACAGUUCGCUCUGGUGGAGUUGGAGAAUUUGUUAUCUUCGUGGGGGAAGAGCCUUAGGGACUUUCCAGAAAUGCCAAUUCCAGACGAAAGUAACAUGGGUUUGAUAGAAAAUAUGUUGAUAGCCGAAGAGUUGGCGUAUGACAAGGAAUUGUUGAAAACAAAGCAUGAAACGUUGGUAACAAAAUUGACGGACGAGCAAAAGAAUGUUUAUGACUCUGUGAUGAAUGAUAUUGAUUCUAAUGGAGGUGGAUUGUUCUUUGUGUAUGGUUACGGAGGAACAGGCAAGACAUUUUUGUGGAGAACGUUAUCCUCAAAGAUAAGGAGCCGUGGAGAUAUUGUUCUCAACGUUGCUUCAGGUGGAAUAGCAUAUUUGCUUUUGCCAGGAGGCAGGACAGCGCAUUCCAGAUUUGCUAUACCACUUUCAUUGAAUGAAGAUUCCACAUGCAAUAUAUCGCAAGGCAGUGACCUUGCUGAGCUUAUAAUAAGGAGCAAAUUGAUAAUAUGGGAUGAAGCACCGAUGACGCACAAACACUGUUUUGAAGCUUUGGACAAAACCAUGAGGGAUCUAUUGAGGUUUGCCAUACCGGGUAGUGCUGAAAAGACAUUUGGUGGAAAGACAGUAGUUUUGGGCGGUGAUUUUAGACAAAUUCUUCCAGUUAUUCCGAAAGCAACAAGACCAGUAGUUGUCGGAGCAACAAUUAAUUCUUCAUACCUCUGGACAAAUUGCAAGGUAUUGAGGCUCAUGAAGAACUUGAGACUACGGAGCUUAGCUUCAUAUGAAGAUAGACAGAUGGUUGAUUGGUUUUCAAAAUGGAUUACAGACAUCGGGGAUGGGAUUACAGGAGUUGAAAACGACGGUUUAUCAGAGAUCGAUAUUCCAACACGUCAAGCAUCUUUCUCUGUAAAAGCUUCAAGAACGGAUUUUGAGCUUUCCAGCUUGCACUGCCUGAGAGUUGAGGAGACUCAAUCUGUUUCUCAGGUUUUUCUACUACCAUCAUCUCUGAAGGAAUAUGUCCUUCCAUCUCAGUUUUUCUUAUCAACCCCAGAUGAUCUGGUAUGUAAACCACCAGGUCUGAUUGUUAGCAGUACUGGUUGA